ACUCAUAUUUUGAUAUGAACACUUAACAUUUGUGUGGUAAUUUAAUAUCAUUUAUUAUCUUUGUCAUCUCACUGUUUAGUUGGAUUUAUAAAUAUUUGUUGCAUUAUCAGGACACUUACAUUUAGGCAAUCUGUCUCUACCAGCCCUACUUUUAGCAGAAGGAAUAAGCUUUAGGCUCAGUUUAAGACUCGGUAGGUGGGAAUUAAAGAGACAAGAUAAUAUUAUUCUCUGUGAUUGUACAGUGCACAAAAGAACAGGUGAGCAACAUUUAUAUUUAAUGUAAUUAAAAAUGCAUCUAACAACUGUUUUAGUUAUUUAAUAGCAUUAAGUCAUCCUAAUACUAAUAAUUUAAAUCAUCAUUUCUUGGUCACAAAAUAGUGAUCGUUUUUUUUUUAACUGAUAAAGACUAAUUUGCAAAGUCUGGAGCUAUUCAGAGACAUUUUGAAACAGCAUAAAACAACCAUUUGUUAAUUUCAUCCUUAUCUUUGCUAUUUGAGUUAAUUAAGUUUCUUUGGGAUGUCACACCAAGAAUGUACUGUGCUGGAGGGCAAAGAUUUGUGCUCUAUUUUAAUCAGUAUGUAUUGUAUGUAUACAUCCAUAAAUUAAAAUAAAUGUGGACUGUCAAUAUCUCUGGAUCUUAACCACUCUGACCUGUGUUCUGAAUGAAGUUGUGAGUUUUUUUAAAACUAAUAUAGGUCUAUUACUGUCUAUACUAAUAGUUCCCAAAGUUUUGAGGGGUGUUUCCGAAUACAUUUUCUUUUAAUUAUUUUAUAUUUCGGGCCUACCACUGACACUAGGUACCUCAAUCAAGUACCUGCUCAGUCAUCACUCUGAAUUCCUCAAAUAUUGAGCAGUGAUUUAAUUAGUGAAAUAAGCAGUAUGAGUAUGCUGAUUUUGAUCACUGAUAAGUGCCUACAGAAUGCACUCUGCUCAUUCAAUGAUGCUGAUGAAGUGAUGGUGAUACCAUUAUAUUAUAUAACAUAAUAUACUAGAAGAUAUUACUUGAUGUUACGGGAAAAUAUAUAAAUAAUGGAAGGGAUUUUACUAUACAUUCUAACUGCUAUUACAAAGUCUCAACAUCUAAAUCUAAAAAAAAAAAUUAUUAAUUUAACUGUAUCAGGUUUUGUAUCCCCAAAAAUUGAAAAAAAAAGUCAAAAUACAACAAUAUUAAUAUUCCUUGACUUGCUGAAUUUGAAAUGUAUAUUAACUAUAUUAUUUAAAGUAGGAAAUAGUGAAUCAUAAAAUUAAAGUAGAUUAUUUGUAUUAUUAAUAUUAUAGUCUGUCUUAAGGGUUAUAAAUCACAAGUUAUUUAAAUUUUCAUUGUCUGAAUGUCAAACUGCCUUUGGGCUUGGGACUUCUCAAGGUUUGACUGGUUUGAUUUCAGAGUUUACAUUCAUUAGAUGAGACGGGAGACGCGGUGCCUUGUUCCAAGUCACACAAAGAGAUAAUUAAUUAAUUUAAUCAUAAUCCAACCCAACGAGUAACAUUUUUUUGUUCUAAAACUAUAUCCAACUAAUUGAAAUUGACUAAUAUGUUAUUUAAUAUUUCAUCAGAUUUUGAUUUAGAUUUAAUGAUUUAAAUUGAUUCGAUUUAAGUAAGAAAGACAAAAGCCCUAUCAGAUCAUCAAAAUUAUUUUUUAAAAAUCCAGCUUUAGUUAAAAGUAAAGGCUUUACUUUACAUUUUACAUGGAUUUGGAUCUAUUAGUAUUAGUCUAGCUCCUGGAUAAAAUGAUGUCAAUAUUAACAUUAAUAAUUAAUACUAAUACGGUAUUGGUAUCAUUGUAUGAUUGAUCAUUGAAGGCACUAAGUCUAAUUCUAAGACAGAAACGAGAAAGUGAUAAUACUGAACUGAUAAGUUAAGUUUACUUAGUAAAGUUAGUCCCUAGAAUUAGAAUAAAAUAAGUCAGCCGGGCGUGUAAAUUCAGCUCCACUGUCACUCCACUUCAGUUCACUUCAGACUUCGGAGAUUUUGCGUGUCAUCAGUGUCUGUUGAAGGCUGACACUGUCUUAUUUUAGAUAUGAAACUGUUGCAAAACUGAUUAUUUAUGGUUUAAAAAGGGAAGGGAAGAAAUAUCCUUCUUUUUCAGUUCCCUGAAUACCUAAAGUUAAAGGCUAGCUCAACUCUAACGCCUAACUUAACUAAAACUUGUCAUUAUUUUUAUUUAUUUUCUUGCUUUUUUCGUUUUAAAUUUUGAGGCACCGAAAAAACACAUUCUAUUUUGGAAUUAUUCACGUGACUUUUCCAACUCUUUAACCAUAAAGUUUAUGGUUUUAAUAUCCACAUGAUUUGUUGUGAUGUUGUAUUCAAAAUGUCGGCUAAACGAGCUCGAAAAAACAUGAAACUAAUUAAUGGAAGAUCUUUUCAUGUAUACAUAGAACUAUAAAUUCGAUUUGUUUAAAUUUCACGUAAGUCUUUCCGCUUUUAGAUCACUUACCUAUAUCUUUUUAAACAUUAAAAUAAUUACUAACUACUAAGUUGUCUAGCAGCAGUAGUCUUAAAUUUAAAGUCAUUUUUCUUUCUCGUACUCAUAGUAGUUAUAAAGUUAUAGCUGUCGUCGUCAUAGCUAGCAGUAACAGUCAGUAACAGUACUAGUCGUAUACCGAAUUGCACUAUAUUUAAUUUAUAUCUUUUUAUUGGGAUUGACCUCAUUAAAAUAAUGUGCGUAAUAUUAUAUAAUAUUAUAGGCCUAAUGAGUUAAAAUUUAGAACAAUAAAAAUAAAACACAUUUUAAUUUUAGCAUUUUUAAAUUAUUCAUCUAAAUAAUAGGUAUAAAUACGAUAUAUGAAAAUAUGAUAUAUGGUAACCCUACUAUAUUAUAUAUAAUAUAUUAUAAUUAUUUUUAUCCAAAGCAUUUUUAUGUUGUUUUAAUUAAUCAGACAAUUUUAAAUUUUAAACCUAUAACUGUAAAAAAAAAAAGGGUUGAUGAUCAGCCAAUAUAACCAUCUGCUAGCAAAACCAUUAUUAAAAUGUACGUUUAUAUGGGAAUAUUACUCUACAGAAAUGAGUUUGGUUCCUGUAUCCAUUUCAUUAUUUUUAUUCAAAGCAUUUUUAUGUUUUUUUAAUUAAACAGACAAUUUUAAAUUUUAAACCUAUAACUGUAAAAAAAAAAAAAGGGUUGAUGAUCAGCCAAUAUAACCAUCUGCUAGCAAAACCAUUAUUAAAAUGUACGUUUAUAUGGGAAUAUUACUCUACAGAAAUGAGUUUGGUUCCUGUAUCCAUUUCUACCAUUGGUUUGAAUUGGGGCUUAUUUUGUGAUUAAUCAGCAGCGAAAUAUGCUCAAUUUUUCUUUUUACUACUGGUAUGUCUGAUACUGGAUAGGGUCUUCCAUUUGAUUGCAAAAUCAACACAGUUUUUCUUCAUUGAAUUUAUUUCAAAUUGAUUCAAAUGAAAACAAUGAUUUCAGAGAUUUUUGAUAUGCUAGUAUGACAGUAUUAGCUCUAGUGGUGAUGGCAAUAUGAGAGUCAGAUAUUGAAAACUUUGGCCAUAAACUUAGUUUUAUUGUUGCAGUCAGCAAAAAUUUUGUUUGGAAAAGAAUAUAUAUUAAACAGAAAAGAAAAAAAGAUUGGAUCCCUGUUACGAACUGCUAACAGUAAAAACAGGGGAUAAGCAGUUGUCAUUUUUGACAAGCAUAUGAAAAUACUAAAAAUGGUUCGACGCCAAAGAAAAAUGCGCUUGAUAGUUAUAAUAGAGUUAAGCUUAUAUAUGUAUAGUUUGCUCUUUAUUGAGCAACACAAAUUGUAUGCAUUUCAAUAAACUUUAUUAAAAAUAGAUCAUAUAAUGUUUGAUUAAUAAUCAUAAAGUCUUUACAUACAACAGAGUGGUGUGCCUAAUUAAGAUUUCACAUGACAUGAAUGAGGGACUAAUUAUGCAAAAAAUUUUAUACAGGACUGAUAAAAAUUCAGGAAGAAAAAAAUUAAAGCUAUCAUUAAAUUAUGAGUGAUCUUUGAAAUAUGUCUCCUUUGCAAACAUACUGUAUAGUUGUGGGUUGGCCUGGAUGCCAACUUGUCAGAUGGUAUGUGGAGUGGGCCAACCCCCCCCCCCCCCCCCCCCCGAGAUACUGUUGCCCUACACUAUUACAUAUCCUUGUGAGUUCAAUGAUCUGAAGAAAUUAAAUUCACAACACAGAAAUAAUUAAAGUCUUAUACUAGCUAAUCUAAAACAACUAAUCUGAAUCUCACAGUAAUAGUAAUAAUAAAAUAAAUAAUUAACACACUCCUGGGUUCCUGAAAUAUAAAUAAAUAUUAUAAAUAUCUCUGAUAACUUUAUAUUAAAGAAUUUUAUAAACUUGCAUUCAAUGCCUUUUUGUCAGUCUCUCUUUGUUGCUCAAUUCAUCUGCUUCAACUUCAACUGAUCUUAACAAUCAGUUAACAUAAAUUUCACAGCAAUGGUUGUAUUAACUUUUUGUUGUAUUCAUUUAUUAGAAUGAAAGACAAAAUGCACAAAGGACAUUUGCUCAGACUGACAGCUUAUUUUUUUAUGGUGCAAGUUUCACCUGUCUUAAGCUGGACGUCUCAGUGCAGUGCACCUCAUCCAGAGUGGCCUCAGCAACAUAGGUAAUGUAACAAUUAAUAGCAUGGGUUUGUCACUUUAUAAGAGUUGAGGAAUGACUGUCAAACAUAUUUAGGCUAAGUCAAAAUCAUUAUCAUUUGACAGAAUUCAGUGAAAACAUAAUUAAUACUACUUCUUUUUUAUGUUAUUUUGUCUUAGUCUUUUUCAUUUUAAGCUUUUACUCAAACUAUAUUCAUGGUUGCAAAGACAUGCUAAAAAAUUCCAAGAUUUCAUAGCUCUGUUUAUAACACUGUUUUCAACACAAAAAAGCCGAUAGACUCAGAUGUUAAAAUAUACAUAAUGAGCCAAAAGAAAAUUGAUAGUAAUUUAAAUGCUCAUAAAUAUAGAUGUUUAAAAUAAAAAUUAUGUUAAUUUCAAGCUCUUCCAAAUGAUAAGUGAUUAAAGCCACUAAUUUUAGCACUGGCACCUUGGCAAUUUUCACACCAGUUAUUUGGAAACUGCACACUCUCCCAAAUAGUUGAAAACUGCACACUCCACCAAAUAGAUGAAAACUGCACACUCCACCAAAUUGUUGAAAACUGCAUUUUAUUUAACAAGCUGUUCCCACAUUUUUCUUUGUUAUACUUUUGUUUUGUCUUUUUUUUUCUCUGUGGUAUUAAUGCUUUGCAAGAAAUUGAGACUUAAAUAAAGGCUUCCCUUUUGCCCAAACUGCAAAAGAAUACCAAAAGGAGGAAAAGUAAAGUACCAAUGUUCUUUUUAUACUUGCAUUGCAGGCCAUAUGACAGUAGACCUAUCAGUGAUCCCUAUUGUAAGGCAGGCAUUGUUCCAUUCUGUCCAACUGGCUUACCAUCAAAUAUCAUGCCUAAAGUUGGGCCUAAUGAUACACUAUUUGUGUAUGCAAUGAAAGCCCCUGUUUGGGAAUUCAAAUUUGGGGAUUUACUAAAGAAAUUUGUAAGUUUUGCUCUGUAAAUAAUUAAUUUUAUGCUGGUCAUUACUCUUUUAUAUUUGUAAUGCAUCACACAUUUUUUUCGUGUGUUGUAUAAAAUUACAGUAAAUACGUAACUAAUAAACCAUGCACUUCCAUCAUAAAACCUUAUUGUCUUUUAUCAGAGUGUUGGAAGUUUAUAUAAAUUGAAGUUUUAUCCUUUGCUAGAGAUUUUGCAACUUUGAAUAUUUAAAGUUUUAAAUAGAUGUGAAGUAAGCUGAACGAAAUUUAAACAAAAUUGUUAAAUUUAUUUUCAGAACAUUAUGCAUGAUGCUAUUGGAUUUCAUCAUGUACAGUCCGGUUUAAACAUGACGAUGGAAUGGUAUGAACUGUUUCAGUUAUUUAACUGCACUUUUCCACAUGAAAGGAAGCAGGAAAAUGAUUUGCUGUGGUGCAACCAAGGAGCAGCAUGCAUUUACAUGGGCAUUGAUGAAAAACACUGGAGGGACAAUGGGACUUUAGUGAAAGUUGGCGAAAUAACAGGUACCGGUACUUUAUAAAAAAAAAUGUCUUUUGAUAUGCAUUGCAAAAGAUUCUUAGUAGAAUUCUGUUUGUUGUAUUUUUAAAGGGCCAAAAAUGGUAAAAGAAAACUACAUUUUCUAAGGCCUCCUUGCUUGUAAGUAUCAGCAGAAUAUUAAGUUAAUUGUUACUGACCCCAGUUGAUAUAACAAAUAAAUUAUUUUGAAGAUUAGAUGAAUCCCAAUGUAAAAAAAUGAUGCAUAAUACUGGAGUUGAAAAAGUUGUUCCAAGCAAACACAGCAAAUCCAGUAAAAAGCUGUAACUUAGCUAAUGGAAUGAAGCUUUUAGUUGCAAUUCACUUUUUCAUUCUACAACUGCAAAAACAUAAAAAUCCUUUUUUUAUAAUUUCUUGAAAGAUUUACCAAUGUAUAAUUGCACAUUGCGAAAUUUUCAGGCCCCUUUCCCAAUUCAUAUUUGCUGCUUCAUCAAUAAUAUAAUCCAAUAAAAUUAAGGAUACUUCAUUUGAUACUUCAUUUGAUUAUGUAAAAUAUGUGUAGUCAAAUUUUGAAAUAAAGUUUUAAAAAUUUAUAGGAGCAGCACCUCCUUUUAGCAGCCAUGUUUUUAAAGGUAUGUCAGUAAUUUUCAACUUGUGUAUGCCGAAAAAUUCUUUAAAAAAAAAAUUAAACAAUUUAAAAAAAAUUUAUAAUGUGUUUACUUAUUUCUCCAACAGGUUCUACAUUCAAUCAAUUUGCUGAUUGGACCGAGCAAGACAACAACACUUACCUUUAUUAUGAAACUUGGACAGUUAAGGAAAGUCCAAGUAUGUUCACAGCUUCAAUAACAUUUGUUUUAAAUACGCAAAAUCUAAAUCUUAGAACAAAACUUAAGUUGUAGAAAAUGGACUUACUGAAGCCACUAAAAAUAGCCACUAUUGAGCUUAAUAAGAAAAUAAUGAUUUAUCAACAAUCCCAAUAAAAACAGUUACAGGAAUAUUGAAUUGUGCAAUUGUAAAUUUUCAAUUUUUUUAUUGUCUUCUUCAUCUUAGCCGGUCUCACUCCCAAUGGAGCAUAGGCCAUCCACAAAACUUUUCCAUCAGUCCCUGUCUUGGGCUUUCUUUGAUAGUUCAGUCCAGCUUUUCUUCAUUCUCUUCACCUCUGUCUCUACUCCCGUCUUCCAUGUGGCUCUUGGUCUUCCUCUUUUCCUGGUACCUUGAGGAUUCCAGUUCAGGGCCCGUCUUGUGUUGUUAGUGUUUGGUUUCCUUAAUGUGUGCCCUAUCCAUCUCCAUUUUCUCAUUUUUAUCUCCGUUUCCAUUGGAACACUUCAUGUUCUCUCCCAAAGAACAGUGUUACAAAUUUUUCAAAACCAUCUUAUUUUGGGGAUCCUUCGCCAGCAUCUGUUUAUAAUGCAGUUUUUUAAUGUUUGUUUUUGUUGUUCUCCAAGUUUCACAGCUAUACAGUAUAAGUGCCUUGAAAUUCCAGUUGAAUAUUUUUAACUUUGGUUUUGCCAGUAUUUCACUUGAGUUCCAGAUGUUUCACAGGGCAUUGAAUGCUCCCCUGGCUUUUUGGACCCUAGACUUUAUGUCCCCUAGACUUUAUGUCCUCAUCUGUGCCACCAUUUUUAUUUAUGAUGCUUCUCAGGUACGGUAUGUAAAAGUCUCAACUUCCUCAAGAGAUGCUCCUAUCAAGUUAAUCCCAAUCAUCCUUUGCAUUUAUUCUUAAGGUCUUGGUUUUCCCUUUAUUUAUGCUAAGUCCAAUUUGCUGCGAUACAUUUUUUAUUGUACUGUAUGUAUUCUUAAGUGCUUUUAUUAAUUUAUUAAACUUGAAUAGACCUAUGGUUUAACAUCUUUGAAGAAAGCUUUACCUUUAUAUUUAAGGAUUUUUUGUUGCAUCUUUUUAAAAACAAGUUUCUUACCCUUUUAUUGAGGCGACUUAUUUUUGGGGAGCCGCUUUGUUUCUUGCAGAGUUUUGAGGUUUAUGAUUAACCAUUUUUGACAAAAAUCUUAAUCGAAUUCCCAAUGUCCUUCUAAAGAGCUGAAUUUCGGUGAAUCACAAAGUCUCAAAUGACUAAUGAAUCUUUUGAAGAUAGAUGGAGUGUAUGAGCCCAUUAUCAAAUUAUAUGGCGUUAUAGAUAAAUAAAAUUUUAUACUUUAAAAAAUAAGUUUCUUUAUGCCUGUUGUAGAGUAGCAUUUUUUCUCUGCCUCAGGAUUUAAUUCCUCAUACAUCUACUAAUAAGCUUAAGUCAUCUGUAUACACAGAAUGAUCAAAUAUUUUGUGUUACAAUUUCAAUUUUCAUACCACACAAGUAAACUAAGACCUUGUGUUUACCAUUAACAACUAAGAGACUUUUUCUUCCAGAUGGUGUAACCUGGUUUGACCCCUUUGAUUGUGCAUCAUGGGUAAUUCGAGCCUUUGACCAGCUGCACCAGUUUGGUGCCACCUUCAACACAUCAGUUCACCUCAACUACACGAAAGCAGUCCUGUACAGCAAACAGCCAGAGUGUAUUGGCAAUGCAACGACUGUCUACCAAGAUCCAAAGGUGCUUGGAAACCUUAAAAAAUUUUAUGCCUACUUCCAAGGCAGCACCAGCCUGGCAGAAGUCCUUGAACACCUCAUUGAAUACAUUCCUUACUUUUUAAUGUACGAUACAUUUUAUCUGUUUUAUAAUGAUGAGUACUGGCAUCUGCCAUUGGAGUAUCCCUAUAUUGAAAUUACAUAUGAAGAGGUACCAUUACCAAGCUAGAUGAGAUUUAUGGACUUUUAGGUUAUCAUGAUAAGUUUUUGUUAUGCUGUUGGUUUAAAUAUCUAAAUUUUUAUAUAUUAAAAACUCAAUGACCGUGUCUUGUUUUCCAGUUGUCUUUUCUUUAUAAAUUUGCCAACUAAUUUUUAUGCUUCACUUGCAGGUGAAAUGCUUUAAUUGUAUUGUGUCUGCUUUAUUUAAGCUGAACUGACUAAACUGGCUAUUUACACUAAUAUUUUAUGUCUUUAAUCAAUAAUUAAAUGUGUCUUACAAACCAACAUUCAACAUCAUCUCUUAAAAUGAUAAGGCCUUAUAUUCACUAAUUGUUUUUAUCACAGUAAGUUUUAUUUAAAGAGUAUUAAUAUUUUCUUAAUAAGCUGGUUAUGCA